UCAACCGAAAUCGUUUUGACUUCAAGAUAACAACAAUGUGAAGUUUCAAAGGCCGAUAGGACGCCAUCUCUAUCGACGGAUGGCUAGCAACAAACUUUGCUGAGCUCUAUAGUGGAGCUACUAUGACGCAUUACGCAGAUGCCAAAUUAUCAUUAUCGGAGUGGGUCCAAGAUAAAGCGGCCCUUAUAGGGAAAGAUUUUUUAACUGCACUGUGGCACCAUGUAACGUCGGACCAUGUUAUUGAUCUGAUGCUAACUCUUUUAUUCUUUCUGAGCACCUUCGCUUCGUUAAUGAUAAUACUUGUAGAGGUGUUGGGUAUUCCACUUUUGUGGUUCACAACACUUCCUGAUAAUGGGUCAGCCAGGGCCAAUCAAGGCGGCGAUGGAAAUAUACGAGAAAUUAGUUCCAGCAGCAGUCAUCGUGAUAGCUUUAGGAGCAGUCCGGAUGAAGGUGGAGACCUUCCACCAGGAUCAACUCAUCGACGAUACUUUGUUCCCUUUUUUCGAUAUCAGCCCAACGUUGAAGAACGGCCGGUAGCAAUAUCGCGGCCAAUUAGGCCUCGAGGCGUCCUUACACGAUCUUCAGUAGCCACCAAGUUAUCCGAUCGGUUUAUAUCUAGUGAAUCUUCGGAAUGAUUAACUUAGGUGUCGCUUUGCUAAACACUCUAAAACAAUAACUUUAUUUCACAUUAUCCAAUUACGAGCGGACAGUCUCAAUGGAAACUUCGACGAACUUAA